UGAAAGUAAAAACAACUUAAGGUGAUCUGAAGCUAUCGUUUCGCUCAGUUUAGAGAUGAUCUAAUGCCAUUGAUGAGCACAGCGUUGAAUUUGAGAACUUGGCCAUUUACUAACAUAACCUUCUGCAGCUGGUUACUUAGCUUGGGUACAGUAACUGCCCAACUGUAAAGAGUUUUAGCUGAAAUAUAUUUAAUUGAUUAAUUGUUUAAUUAUUUAAUUAAACAAUUUUUGAAAGCUUAUUAUAAUGGCUGAUCAGACUGAGAGAUCCUUUCAAAAACAGCAAACAAUAUUUUUAAAUCGCAAAAAAGGAUUAGGUGUUAAAAAGAAAAACUCUUUGCGAUAUAUACGUAAUGUUGGCUUAGGUUUUAAGACACCAAGGGAGUACAGGACUCCUUAAGUUUUACAAGAACAUAAGUUUGUGAGUAAUAUGUGUAUUUAGAGUUGUUAUGUUGUAUUAUCUUCUUAUGGAAACUCUCAUGAUGUUAAAAGUUGCGAGACACCUACUUUUUUUUUACAAAUUUAGUUCAAAUUGCCAUCGAAGGAACAUAUAUUGACAAAAAAUGUCCAUUUACUGGAAACAUAAGUAUCAGAGGAAGGAUUCUUACAGGUGUUGUUAGAAAAAUGAAAAUGCAGAGAACUAUAGUUAUAAGAAGAGAUUACCUCCACUAUGUUAAGAAAUACAAUAGAUUUGAAAAAAGACACAAAAAUUUGUCUGUACAUCUUUCUCCAUGUUUCAGAGAUGUUGAAAUUGGCGAUGUUGUCACUGUUGGGGAAUGUAGACCUUUGAGUAAAACAGUAAGGUUCAAUGUUCUUAAAGUCACUAAAGGAACAGGUGCAAAAAAGGCUUUUAAGAAAUUUUAAAUAGAAUCAUGGCUGCUGAAUUAUAUUAUCCUAUCAGGAAACUUUGUGUGUAUUUGAAUCAUUAAUGCUAAAUUUUACAGAUUGUAUUUGAAACUUAACUGUUAGUAUAAGAAUUAUGUGCCAUUAUCU